GUCGAACGUGAGUUUAUUUACGGUUUCACGGAUAACUUUACCCUCCUGAAGAUACUAAUAUGAAACGGGAAUCGCACAAAUUUGGAAAGAGCUCAACCUGACCGUAAAAUCAAUGACUAAUUGACCUCGAAGAAUCGUUUGAUCGUUCGACACAGGAAUUUUAUGAAAAACCAUCAGCAUGCCUGAACGCCGUCGGACAGAUCCAAUGGUUACCCAAUGUAUUUGGGAUGCCAUAAAAUUCAUUGUACAUCAAAGAACUUUGCCAAACGAGGAACGAGUCAGGCGUCACAUAGCUCGGAUGUAUGCAAAGUCCGAGCAAACUGUACAAGAAGAUUUAAACAAUGCAGUUAAAGACGGCCUUGUUCAGCUGAAAAAAGUUGCCAAUAAAAGUGGCGUUGAACAAGAGAGCUAUAGGAUUCCUGUUGAAUUAGUAGAGACUGAUGGACACGACUGGUACUGUUGUAAAUGCCAAAGAGCAGGAGUGGUCGAAUGUUGCCAAAAAUGCCACAGAGUAUUCCACAAGGAAUGCCACGUCCCGGAAAAUCCCGAAUUAAAAUACUGCAAUUUUUGCGAAAAAAUAAACAGUGACGUAUUCGGUGACAAAACCGACUUGAAUCAUAUACUUAACUUCACGUGUGGUCACUUAAAAGCAAAGUUACCACCAGAGAUUACGAAUCGAACGAUUGUUUUUGAUAAUACACCGGUUGUCACACCAUCAGGUGGCUUCUCAGGGCCAACUUGGGUUAGUGAGGGGGAGGAUUCUUGGCGUCCAGGAAUAUUGAUCAAGAAUCACAUGGACUUGGCUAUCAUGGACAAAAAAACAAAACGUAAAGAGUAUAACAACCUUGCUGAAUUUGAGACAGACGCGCAUAAUAUUAUGCAUAAUAUUAUCGUGUAUCAUGGAGAAAGUAGUGCGAUAGGCGAAAUGGGCGUUACAAUGUACCAGGAUUGCUGUUACGAUCUCCAAGAGAUUCGUCGCUGUGCAGAUUGCUAUCGAAUAUCUAAUGAAAAAUCUGAGAAAUUAUGGUUUUGUACACCUUGCAACCCACCGCAUCAGCUUGUUUAUGCAAAACAGAAGGGAUAUCCGUACUGGCCAGCCAAAGUAAUGCAAAUAAACAACGACGUAUAUGAUGUACGAUUUUUUGGCGGCCAUCAUAUGAGGGCAAACAUUGAGAAGAUUUUUAUACGCCCGAUAACGGUCAAUUUAAACACACUGCAGUCAGAGAAAGGAAAAUGGAAGGAAAUUAAGAUCAAAAGAUCGGCAGCCUGGAACCGAGCAUUCGAGGAAUUGAAACGUCAUAAGACUUUACUUGCCCAGCUGGAAAAGUCUGAAACAAAAGAUGGUGAACCUUCGGACGAUGAAAAUGGUGUGAAACCAGCAAAAAUUCGUCACAUAGAAUCAUCAGGACUGAAUAACUCGAAAAACUCCACUUCCAGCAAGCCAUUGACCAUCUUCAAAGACUUGAGAGUAAAAGUAGAACGUCUGAGUACUGACGGUCGAUUGGACAUGCAAUCUACUUCCGGAGAUCUUGAAGAAAAAUUGAAGAAAUCCACGAGUAGAACAGCCAGUGAGGAGCGAAAAGCUACACCUGGAAGCAGGAAAACAAGCGAAGAAAGACAGGUGCCAUUCUUGGCUGUUGCUGAAGAUGAACCAGCCAGAGAAAUAUCCAGCACUUGUCCGCAAGGCUUGAAAAAGGAAGGAUCACAAGAAGAUAUGGUUACAUCAAGUUCUCAAGAGCCAAGAUCCAAAUGUGUACUUGUUCAAACCGAGCAAAUACAGUCAGAAGUUCUUCCAGCUAAGGUAAAAAGAGGUCGCAGGACAUCUGAUCAGCCAAUGACGACGGCAUUAGAAAAGUUACGACGAGAAUUGGAGUUGGACAAAUGCAAAGAGUUGGAAAAACUUCAAGCAGAGCAUGCUAAAGAAAUACGUCAAUUGACUGAUAAACAUCAGCAAGUCGUAUCAGAGAUAAAAAAGAAGCAAUGGUGCUACAACUGUGAAGCAGAAGCAAUAUAUCAUUGUUGCUGGAAUACGGCUUACUGCAGUAUCGAAUGUCAACAAUUCCAUUGGCAGCGUGAACAUAAAAGAGUUUGCAGACGCAAGCGCUAAACUCUUCAGCUAUUUUAAACAAGUACAAAAAAUGUUUAAGACUUUAAAAAGCUGGUUAAAAUGACUUUGGUUGAUAAUUGCCCCUUUUUAUUAUUUGGGCUCCUAUUCCCUUAAAAGUUAAGAAACAUUCAUUAUGGGCACCGAAUUCUAUGAAGCAGCUAAUUUAUGCAUUGAUACAGUAACAGCUUGUAAAUUUAUUCCAUAUUCGAAUAAUUCUUUAUGUGCAAUACCUAUAGAAAUCUAUUAGACGAAAGACUACCA